AUGGAUCUGUUAACUGCAUUGGAGCUGACACUAAGGAAGGCUCGUGCUCACGGUGGUGUGGUUCGUGGUCUCCAUGAAUGCGCUAAGCUUAUUGAGAAGCGGUCUGCUCAGCUCUGUGUCUUGGCUGAAGACUGCAACCAGCCUGAUUACGUCAAGCUUGUUAAAGCUCUUUGUGCUGAUCACAACAUCAACUUGCUUACGGUUCCGAAUGCUAAAACCCUCGGUGAAUGGGCUGGUCUUUGCAAGAUUGAUUCAGAAGUUAAUGCGAGCAAGGUUGUUGGAUGCUUGUGCCUUGUAGUCACGGGAAAGAGUCUUCUUCUUUUUUUUAACGUCUCUCGAUGUGAUUGGCAUGUUUUUGGUGAUUUAUUUGUUAUGUUGUUGCCGUUGAAUACAAGUUUUAAACAUCUCUCGAUGUGAUUGCCGUUGAAUACAAGUUUCGACUGAUACAAUCAUACAAGUCUUAUUGUUGUAUUUGACUUCUUAAGAACCUUUAAAUAAGAAAUUUGUAAUAGUCCACACAAA